AGCUGGGAAUCUAAUCCGGCAAGGAGCGGUUCUUUGGCUCGCGUUGUGUUAUGUCUCGCUCAGUUUCAAUUCCUUUGCGGGACAGUGUUGAAGAUGCGGAAAAUCUGAAGCGACUGCGUCGUUUUUGCAUAGAGAUAUGGAAUCUAACGCAGAAUUGGGUCUCUACCUCUUCUCAGUCGUGUACAGUGCUUGAGCAUCUGAUUAAUAAUAAGCUGCGGAUAAUGUACGCUAACUCUGAUCAAGAGCAGAAACUCGUUGGAGCUGCUGAAGGUGCAGAAACCGUUGUUCUGGACCAUGAUACGAAACAACGCCUGCUUCGUGAGAUUGUCAAGGAUGCCGAAAGUCUUUGCGAUUCAAUGAAAGAGCUGGAAAGGGUCGUUAACAAGUUUCGCACUGCAAAGACUCGCGUGGAAUCCUGGGUGAAGCUUUGCACGAAGCCUGGUCCGGUCACUGCCAAUAUUCUGAACACCCUUUCCGAUGCUUUACCAGACGUCAUAGAAAUGUACGAUAAGGAAGUCAGCGCUAAGAAGGCUGGACUGGCUGACUUAGGUCAGUGGGAGCAUCGCGAUGUCUUCAUGGCUGUUGCUCUAACAUACAAAUUUGAACCGUUUGAAAUAAUAGAGAUCUCCUUCGAUGCUUUACCUGAGGGAGAUGAAGUACUCGAGAUCUUACGUGCGGAAAAAGCCUCUCUUCAUUUCUGGAUAGACCUAGGGUUAGAAUAUUAUCGUUCCGGUCGAGUAGAUGACUUCGUUAGGUUACUAGAAGUUUCUGGAAGUGAAGCGUCUUUGGACUAUCCUGAAGUGGAGAAUGAUCAAAUGCGGGCUUUGGACAUACUCGCUGCUUACUACGUCAAACUGGGUCACAAAGAGCGAACUUCGAAAGAAAGAAAGCGCGAUUUGUUUUCUAAAGCGACGUUGUUGUAUACGACUGCAGAUAGGAUAAAAAUGUAUGAUAUGCCACAUCUUACUGGGCGGGCGUACUUCUGUCUGGUGGAAGCACGAGCGAGCAAAGUGGAUCAGGCCGAUCAGCAGUUCAAUUUUGUUCUGAAGCAGGAUGCAUAUGAUAUACCAGCAAUGAUGGGUAAGGCUAUAAUUGCCUUCAGCAAACAAGAUUACAAGACCGCUUUGUAUUUUUCAAAAAGGGCCCUGAGGCAGAAGCCAGAUGGCCCUGCUGACAUGAGAGUUGGUAUCGGUUAUUGUUUAGCGAGACUAGGACUGACUGAUAAGGCUAGAAUCGCUUUUGAACGAGCGUUGGAAUUGCAAAAUGACAAUGGAGCCCAAAGUGCAGUGGCUUGUCUAGGUCAAGCGUAUAGUCUGGAGCCGGAGAAUCCGGUUGUCUUGGUCCAUCUUGCCAACCACUUCUUCUUCAAAGGAGAAAUGAACAAGGUUGAACGGUUAGCGUGGCAUGCAAUGAGUAUGACGGAAAGUGACGAAAUCAAGGCCGAAGCUUGUUACAUUCUUGCGCGGUUUUUCCAUUUCAACAGGGACUAUGAAAAGGCGUUCAAGUACUAUUAUCAAGCAACUACGUUGAAUCAUCCUACUUUCGUUUUGCCCCAGUAUGGUCUUGGACAACUUUAUAUAAUGCGAGGAGAAUAUAAUCAGGCAAUUGCUGCAUUUGAAACCGUUUUGAAGUCGAUGCCCAACAACGUUGACACCAUGAAAGUACUUGCUGCUCUGUAUGCUCACACGGACCCAGGGAAUCAUGAUCGGCAGGACAAGGCAAGAGAUAUGCUAACAAAAGUCUUGGAGGCAACUCCAAACGAUGUUGAAGUUUUGAUAGAUCUUGCUCAGCUUUUGGAAGGAGUUGAUCCGCAUAAAUCGCUCACUCUCUAUGAAAAUGCUUGUGAUCUGAUAAAAACGAGUGAAGAUGGUUUACAAAUUGAUCCGCCAGCUGCUAUCUUAAACAAUAUCGGAGCCUUGCACAUGACUUUGGAAAAUUAUGAAAGAGCGAAGGAGUACUUCGAAGCAGCGGAAGCCAAGCUUCAAGAAGAUUUGGAAGGAGAUCUGUGCGAUUCGAAACUUUCUUCCUAUGUCAUCACUAUGAGAUACAACCUCGCUAGAUGUUUGGAACACUUGUGUUUGUUCGAAGAUGCUGAAGUUUUAUACAAAGGCAUUUUGAGAGAACAAGAAAAUUACACGGAUUGUUAUCUUCGUCUCGGAUGUCUUGCACGCGAUCGAGGACAGAUUUAUGAAUCAUCGGUGUGGUUCAAAGAAGCGAUGUCCGUUGAUCAGAACAAUGCCGAUUCAUGGGUGCUUAUCGGAAAUCUGCACAUGUCUAAACAUGAAUGGGGACCUGGUCAAAAGAAAUUUGAACAAGUGUUGAAUAAGAUGGAUAAGGAAGAUGCUUACUCAUGGGUCUCACUAGGCAACGUCUGGAUGGAGAUGCUCUUUAAUCUGGGCAGAAAAAAGACUGACGACCGUACCCAAGAAGGGAAGUACAUGGAUAGAGCUCUACAGAUGUUUGGUAAAGCGUUGAAAAUUGAGCCAAAAAACAUCUGGGCAGCAAAUGGAAUAGGCUGCGUAUUAGCAUCGAAAGCAAUGUGGCAAGAUGCCCGUGACAUCUUCGCUCAAGUUCGUGAAGCUACCUCGGAAUUCGAAGAUGUUUGGAUGAAUAUAGCUCAUGUGUAUAUCGAACUUGGACAAUAUGUCCCUGCUUUGCAAAUGUAUUCUAAUGCCAUCAAGAAGUUUGAGAAAGAACAGGAUCACCAGUGCUUGCUCUAUCUUGCUCGAGCAUACUUCAAAGCAGGAAAGCUGACGGAAAGUCUUCAUACUUUAGAAAAGGCUAUGUUUGAAGCACCAGAUAAUGUCCUCAUCAAGUUCAACUAUGCUUUUGUGCUCAAACUGCAUUCCACCGAAGUUCUUCAAGAAGUGAAGUCAACUGCAGCACAAGUGAGAGGUGCGAUGGAUGAUCUGAAAACGGCAGAACGGAUGUUCUCCUUUGUUGCCGGUAACAAGGACGAGACAUUGUCCGGAGGGCGAUACGUUUCUCGAACGCAUGCUGGUGAAGAAGCGAGAGCUUGCGGUGAUUUGCUGAAACAAGCUCAGACGUACUUGGUCAGAGCACAGCAGAGGGAUGAAGAGGAUGAGAGGCAACGGGCGAAGCAAAACGCUGAAAGAGAGGCUCUCAGACAGAAAAUGGCUCAAGAAAUUGCGGAACGUGAAAAGGAACUGCGAGAGAAACAGGCGAAUAUGGCGAAUAUGAGAAAUGAAUACGUGCAAAUGACGAAGAAUCUGUUACGGAUACCAGAGCUUGUUGAAGAAAAGAAGGGACGUGGAGGUGGUGGAGGCCGACGAAAGAAAGGCGAGGCCGGAGACGAAUUCGUCAACGACAGUUCAGAUAUGGGUAGCUGGCAUGGAGGAGAGGGUGGAGAAGAAGGCGGCGAAAGACGGAAGAAAGAUAAAUCAGCGAAGAAAGCAUCCAGGAAGCGAAGAGAAAAGCGAGCCGCUGGUGCCGGUAGUGGCUCAGAAAAUGAAGAUGAAGCGCGUGAAAGACGACGUAGAAAGAAAGAAUCCGCACAGAGAAAAGCUGAAGCGAAAUUGUCGCAAAAACAGCAAUCGAAGAUCAAAAGUCGUGCGUUCUUGUCAUCCGAUGACGAUUCUUCCGAUGGCGGCGCUCCAGCGCGUGCUCCCAAGGAGACAGGUGAAGAUAGUCCUAGGCCGCCAAGAAUCACGGACUCAGAGGAUUCCGAUGACAGUGCACCUCGCCAUCGACGGAAGAAGAAUGUCAUGGAUUCGGACGAUGAGCAGUCUGAUAGCGGAUCUGGUGGUAGACCGAUCAUUGGAGCAUCGGAUAGUGAUAAUGGAUCCCCUGCUGAAAGGACCCCAGACAGCAAUGCUGGGAGCGACAGUGAUGCAUCACCACGAAAAAAGAAGAAACAAAUUCAAAGCGAUGGUGAUAGCGACUAACCAAGUAUCACUUAUAAGGUUCUUCUCACAUUUUUGGUUUUCUGGUUGUUUAACGAAUCUGUUGAUUUUUUUUAAUCUCUCAGUACUCCUCAUUUUCGUUCUUAACGUUUGUUUUCCGAGAUGCUGGAGCGCAGUAUCUGUUUCGUACGUGUACCUGAUGUAUAGAUAGGGUAGCCAAGCAUGUGACCAGGCAUUUCCUUUUUUACCUUCUCAACAAUUCUUUUUCUUGUAAAACAUCUGUGUCCUAUAACACGCCGAACAUCGUUUAAUUCUGUGGUGAUUUUUCAAAAAAUUUGUAUCUCGGAUGUUUCCAUAUUAGGACUAUGUACAGAAAUUAUUAUUGUUGUGAGAUUGAAAUGAGCUAAAAAAAAUUUUUUUUUCCAAAUUGCCAGUCUGAUUAAGUAUAAAUAUGUCGUUAUUUCUGUC